AUGAACGGAGCAAUUGAGUUGUGGGAAGAGACGAAGCCACGAGAAAGAAGAGAGUUUCGAAACUCUGAUCUUCUCGAAGAAAUCGAUAAACUGAGAGAUAUGGCGAAAGAUCAAGUUCAGCCAAAGUUCAGCCAUUCGGUUUCAUUGUCUUUUUCAGAUGUACUGGAUGGCCGAUGUGCAGUCGGAAAACCAGAAGGACGGGUAUAAAUUGGCACAUCAGCUGGCGUCGAGAGAUUUGAAUUCGGAAACUCCUCCUUUUAAGAGAAUUCUAUCGCUCUUCGUCAAAAAAGAGCCCACGGCGCCGGCGCCAAUUCCAAUUGUUGCCAUUUUUGGAGCGUCCUGGAAGGAAGAUAACAAUGCGCUCGCGAAAGCAGCGUACGCGGUGUACUGGGGAGAAAACGACAAACGGAAUGUGGUCGGGGGAAUGGAGGGGAAGCAGAGCAAGUUCGGAGCAGAGCUGUGUGCUCUGAAAGCCGCUCUGAAAAACGGUGACUAACAAAGAUAUCGGAAAAAUGAGUAACGUCAGUUUCAGGCGAUUUCUGAAAAAAAUUCCAGUUAUUCACAUUCUCACUCGCUCGGAAGAAAUCAAAUUUGUGUCGAUUGCGUGUGAAAAAGGAAUUUGCAGUCGUCAGAAUACCCUGGAAAUUGCGAUCAUAGCACAGCAGCUCGAGAAAGUGACUUUGGAAAGGUUGAAUCGGCGUGUGAAGAACGGCGCAUUGGAAAGAGCGAAAACGUUGACGAUGGAAAGGUUGAUAGUCGAACUUAAUGAAAAGUCUCCGCAGAUCGAAAAGAAAAGAGCUCUUCGUAGAUUUGAAGGAAACAAAAAGGAGGAGGUCGGAUCAGAAUUCGUUGAACUGCUGUAUUUAGAGUUACAUUUCAGACUAUCCAAGUGACGGUGGGGUCACUGAAAAAGAAGCCAGCAGUCAGCUAUGAAAAACGCCAACAAAAGUAG